AUAGCAACAGCAUGUGCAACCGAUUUGUGACUCGGGCAUUUGCCAAGCUAGUUUGCCAUAUAGAUCAUUCAGAACAUGCAUUAAUGUGGGUGUAAAACGUAAGUGUCUCCGUUGACAGACGUAUUAACAAGCUGAUGUUAGCUGGGAAAUAGCUAUUUAGCUAGAUGCUAGUAGCCUAUGCUAAUGUUUGCAGACAGAUAAAUGCUGCCGGAUGUCACAGCGUGUACAUCAUAUUCUAACUUGUAGCUAUGCACGUUUUGUGACUGCUGUCAUGUGUAUGAACGACCAUCUGAACUGCGGUAAUUUAUCAGCAUUCUGAAGUUGAUCGUAACAGUACCGUGCAAAGUACAUUGGGUUGUGCAGGAUGCUCAAGUCACCUCGUAGCGAAGAGGAGAACUUCUAUCUGGACUGCAGGGCAGCAUACCUGGUCGUUUUCAAAUCAAGCCUAUCAAAUAUCACUUCCAAAGAACAAUUAUGUCACGUUCUUCAACAGGCAGGUCGCAACCCUUCACUGAAGCUCCUGAAUAAAUACUGGACUCCUAGGACAAAGAGGCUGACUUUCGAUGACUUCUGUGAAAUCCUGAAGAAGGAGAAGCCAACAGAGCAAGAGGAACUUUUGAGGGUCUUCAGGAAACUGGACAACGAUGGAGAUGGACACAUCUCAGUCAGUGAACUGCGUAAAGUUCUCACCACGGGAGGAGAACAGAUGACCGACGAAGAAGUGAAUGAGAUCUCCUCCUUGAUCAACACGAAAAAAGAUGGCCAGUUUGACUAUGCCGAGCUGUGCAGAACUAUUAUGCAGACAGCAGAGCAGUGCAAGGCAGCAGCCGUGGAGAAGAUGGAGAAUGAUGCCAAGCUGAAGAGGCAGAACUUUGGGAACCAGCCCGAGGGCUCUCCCAAGAGCACAGCAGCAGCCCCUGCAGCCUCCACACAUCCAGAGGCUCUCCCCAAUCAAGAACCUGAUGCUGCUCUCCCCAGAAGAGACAGCCGCUCUUCUUCGCGACCGUCAUCAGCUCGCAGUCGUCGUUCCUCUGUCUCUUCGUCCAUUGCCAUGGCAGCCAGCAGCAGCAGAAGCACCAAACCUCUGGAGCCCAAACUCCUUCAGGAGUUCCACCAUAGCCAUUUGAAGGGUUGUUUUUUCCUGGAGGAGGAUGGAAGCAUAGUGUCUCUUCAGUACCGCCUUCACGUUCCCCAGACCACCACUGUUUACAUCACCAUACAACCACUGAACCUCAAUCAAAACCAGGACAAGUCAUCUCCCUGGAUGUCCGUGGACACGGCUCUGUUCGUGGUCACUGCUGGAGAAGGGAAGGAGGACUCAAAUGUUGUGUGCAUUACUGAGCAGCGUGACAAAGAGCAGAAGUUUGUGUGGAAGGGCCAGCUGGCGGAGGGCACCUACUACCUGCUGCCCUUCAGCACCGGCUGCCGGCUGGUGCCCAGCAGGAGGUCAGAGGGCACAGAGGCUGCAGAGCUGGUCUUCAGGAACCAGGACACAGGAGAACUGGAACUCACCGGAGAGUUCAGGUCUGCGCUGUCAGACAUAUUUGAUGUGAUUGACCUGGAUGGCAACGGUCUACUGAGCCUGGAGGAGUAUAACCUGUUUGAGGAAAGAACCAGCGGAGAGAAGUGCGAUGAGGACGCCUGGACUGUCUGCAAAGAGAACUUUGAGACAAAGAAGAACAUGCUGACCAGGCAGGGCUUCAUGGAGCUGAACCUGAUGGAGGCCAACGACCGUGAGGGAGACACCCGGGACCUGUGGAUCACCCUAGAGGCCAUGGGCUACAACAGGGCCCUGGAGAUGGUGGGGGCCUGUCCGUUCAUCACUGACGUGUACUGCGAGGACGUGAAGCCCAUUCUGCAGCCGGUGAAUCUGGAGUCCGGAGCCAAAAUGCUCAACACGGCAUUGCAGCGCUCCAUCGUCAGCCGAGGGGAGGGGCGGCCCAUCAAGGGUCACGAAGGCGUCACCGUGUACACGUGCAGAGGGGAGAGCAGGAUCUCCUCCCUCAUCGCCAACAAGACCAAUCAGAAAGUGGUGGUGCAAGUGAACAAUGAGCAGAGCAAGAACUGUGUCAGCAGCAGGGGCAUGAAUGUGUUUGCGGUGGAGGUGCCUGCCAGGACCAAAAUAAUUUGUCAACAUGUAAUGCCUGUGAAUGAGAAACUGGAGUGGAUCUACAGCUGUGUGGAGAGUGUCAUAUGCUAAGCAUCUCAUUCCCAUCUCCUCAACUGAUUGGCAGCCUCAUGUAAGGUGCAUAUUAAGCCUCCAUCCAUACUCUUUACCGACUGGGAAACACUUUGCUGUUUUUAUGAAAAAGCGUUAUUUUAGACAUUCUUCCUUGCCACAUGACAUUACUAAUUGGUAAUUUCCAUUCUUGCUAUAAGAAAGCUAUCAUUAGAAAGGUGGAAUCAAAGAUUUUCAUACGGUAACCAAGAUAAAGCAUACUAACAUGUUACCAAUUCAAAGUAGGAUCAAUUCUGGUCCCCUAAAUGGCCGUGACUUUUCCAUUGAACUCGAUUCAUUCUGAAUCCCUGUUCGACCAGGGUCAUCCAUUUCAAUUUUCAAGAAGCUUGGUGAAGGCUCUUCUAUCUCGAUACAGUUUUCCAUCUCAUUUUCAAAGUCACUUUGAUAAAAGUGUCUGCUAAAUGUAAUGUAAUGGAACUUUUUAUUCAAAUGCACACUACGCUCAGGCGCUGUUUGCUGGCCGGAAGCCAUUCUACUUUAUUGAUUGUUAACAUUCAAAUUACGUCGGUUUACAGUUUUGUUUUGUUUUUUUGUUUCUGAAGGGAUUGGAUUGACCCCUCAGUUGUAAUAGCCUGAAUGAUGUUUAUCUUUGAGUUUUGUAAUAUGGUAUUUGUGCCUCAUUACUUGCUGUCAAUGUAGUUUUCUUUUCUUGUAUUCAUUGUAUUUAUCAUGAACUGAUCUGCACAACCCAAACUCAAACGCCAUGCUUUUUACUUUGAGAGGGCUCCCUCCACUUUGAUUUUUAUCAAUGUAUCUAAUUAGAUUGUAAUUGAAAGUGUACUAAUUAUGUACUGUGGUGGAUUGAACAUACAGUACAUGUAAUGUGACGCCUCUUUUCCAUCAUUGCUCAGUUAUCACUUUAUUUAAUUGAAUAAACAAACACAACUGUGAUUUCA